AUGCUGCUUCUGCUGCUGCUGCUGCCGCUGUCACCCCAACUCGGGGCAGGGUGGUCACCGAAGAAUCAGGACUAUGAGGUGCAGCUGCAGAACCAGGUGACGGUACAGGAGGGGCUGUGUGCCCUGGUGCCCUGUUCCUUCAGCUCCCACAAGGCUGGCAGAAACAACUCAAAAAUCACCUAUUUCACCUGGUACCGCAAGAAUGAAAGUCACCAGAAUGGUCAGGACUAUGUCCUGGUGGCCACAAGCAGCCCCGCCAAGAAGGCCCAGAUUAAGGUCAAGUCUUCGUUCCACCCCAUUGGCGACCCCAGAGCCCACAACUGCACCCUGAGAAUCGUGGCGCCCCGGCGCACGGAGAGUGGCUUCUACUACCUGCAGCUGGGCCGAGGGGAUCCCUCGGCGAAGGCCAAGAACCUGCUGGUCCUGAGUGUGACGGCACUGACACAGACACCUGACAUCCACGUCGACCAGCCCCUGGAGUCAGGGCAGCGCAGCAGCCUGAGGUGCUCCCUGCCCGGGGCCUGUGCCCACGGGGGGCCGCCCAUCGUCUCCUGGCACGGGGAGGUCCUGGGGCCCCUGGGCCUUGUCAACUCCUCUGAGAUCUCACUGGCCCCCCACCCGCAGGACCACGGCACCCAGCUCACCUGCCGGGUCACUGUGCUGGGAGUCAACGUGAGCACAGAACGGACCAUCACUCUCAAUGUGUCCUAUGCGCCCGAGAACCUGACCAUCUUCCGAGAAGACUGUGCAGAAAGGAGAGAGUUGGACAACGGUUCCUCUGUCGUGGUGGAGGAAGGCACGUCCCUGGGCCUGGUGUGUGGUGCUCGCGGCAACCCUCCCCCCAGGCUGAGCUGGGUCUGGGAGCACAGGCUGCUGCCCCCCUCCCAGUCCUCAGGUGCCGGGGUCCUGGCGCUACACCCAGUGGAGCAGCAUCAUGAAGGCAAAUACACCUGCCAAGCUGAACACCCCAGGGGCUCCCUGCACGCCUCCUUGCACCUCUCUGUGCGCACCCCCCUGCAGCUGCUGGGCCCUUCGUGCUCCUGGGAGGCCCAGGUUCUGCACUGUAGUUGCUCCUCCCAUGCCCAUCCCGCCCCUGCCCUGCGCUGGUGGCUGGAUCAGGGGCUGCUGCAGGAGAACCGCAGCAACGCCUCCUUCCAGGUCAUCUCCAGUUCCCAGGGGCCCUGGGCCAACAGCUCCCUGAGUCUCUGGGAGGGGUUUGGCGCCGGCCUCACGGUCCGCUGCGAGACCCAGAAUGUCCACGGCGCCCAAAGUGCCUCAGUUCUGCUGCUGCCAGGGCAGCCUGGGCUCAGGGGAGGAACUUUUCUGGGCGCCAUCGGUGGAGCUGGUGUUGUGGGCCUGCUGGCUCUGUGUCUCUGCUUCCUUGUCAUCAUUGUGAAGGCCUGCAAGAAGGGGGCUCCCAAGAAGGUAGCUGGCCGAGAUGAGACCGCUCCUUUGGGUCCUACCUCCCGGGGAUUUCAGCUUGAGCACCUCCCAGAAGGCCCUCCAGAGCUCCCCAUGGCCUCCUUGGGUCCCAGGGAGAAGCCUGAACUCCACUACGCAGAGCUCAGCUUCCAGGGGCUCAGACCCUGCGUCCCGGCCCAGGCGGCGGCCAGCACUGAGUACGCAGAAAUCAAGACCCACAAGUGA